CUAUCGCCAAUCGGUCGGCGGAAAUCGAAUCGGAAAAACGUGUGAAAAAGCAAUCAUGUCUGGACGCGAGGGCGGUAAGAAGAAGCCACUGAAGGCGCCGAAGAAGGACUCGAAGGACAUGGACGAGGACGACAUGGCCUUCAAGCAGAAGCAGAAGGAGCAGCAGAAGGCCCUGGACGCCGCCAAGGCGAAUGCCUCCAAAAAGGGGCCCCUCGUGGGCGGCGGCAUCAAGAAGUCGGGCAAGAAGUGAUGACUGAGCCACUAUCCAAUAUCCACAACAAUCCGCAAAAUCCACAAAGCCACCGGGAUCACACAACUCGCCCAUGUGGAGACCAAAAUUGAUCGUCUAGCCAGAAGCUUACAUUUUUUUUAUACUUACGCUUACCAUUAAAUAGAGCAUUGUACGUCAGGCUA